UGGAAGGUGCAAAACAAGGCAUUGUCGUGGCUGGUGGUCAAGGACAAGGAAAUGGUCUUACACAAUUGUAUUAUCCUCAAGGAGUCGUUGUCGAUCAAUUGGGCACUGUCUAUGUGGCUGAAGCAAGGAAUGAUCGAAUCAUGCGUUGGCCCAAAGGAGCCACACAGGGAAGUGUCAUUGUUGGUGGAAACGGUGAAGGAGGACAAUCGAAUCAACUCAAUGUGCCCAUCGGUUUGUCAUUCGAUCGACACGGCAAUCUCUAUGUCGUCGAUUGUGGAAAGCAUCGAGUACAAAAAUUCAAUAUGAAUUCAAAUGGAUAA